AUGGCGCCAGCUCAGGAGCUGAGAGAGCAGGAACCAGAGAAAGCAAUAAGUAGAAGAGAAGAUUACUUGACAAAGAAUGUAAAACUAAAAAAUAAAAAUAAGGUAGCUCUUCUCUCCAACCUCCGAGUUGACGGUCGCCGUCCUUUCAACUAUCGCAAUGUCAUCAUCACCUUCGGCAAGGACGAUGGCUCGGUAGAGCUGCAGCUGGGCCAAACCCAUGUCAUGGUUUUUGUGACGGGUCAAUUGGUUCAACCCUAUCGUGACCACUCCAAUGAGGGCAUGCUUUCCAUCUUCACUGAGUUCUCCCCUAUGGUUGAUCCUUCCUUUGAGCCUGGCCGCCCCACCGAGGCUGCUAUUGAGGUUGGCCAUGUUAUAGAUCAUGGCCUAAGAGAAAGUAGGGUUGUUGACACUGUAUCGCUUUGUGUUCUUCCAGGAAAAUUUGUUUGGGCCAUCCGUAUUGACCUACAUAUUCUAGAUAAUGGAAGAAACCUUGUGGAUACCGCAAAUAUUGCGGCUUUGGCUGCUCUCAUGACGUUUCGAAGGCCCGAAUGCUCAUUAGGAGGAGAUGAUGGUCAAGAAGUGAUUGUACAUCCACCUGAGGUUUGCAUAUUGGAAUUUUUCGUUGAACUUGUAAAUUAUCAAUUUUUAUACAAGUGUCUUGGGGGGAGAAAAAAUGAAUGUGAGAUGAGAAAUUUUAUACAUGCUUGAAAAUUUGUCAUUUCCCGUUGAUGAUACAUGGUGUUUCGCAUUGCAAUUGUUCAAAUCUGCUCAGAACCAUGCAACCACAUUGAGUUUGGUUUCGAUAUUUUGGUUAAUGUUCUGCUGGUUGAGGUGCCUUUGUUCUUUAUUUUCUCUACUUUGAUUAGUGUAUGUUGUGUUUUUCAUUU